AUGCUACAAUUAGCCGACGCCUCUCUCCUCCCUUUAGGACUCGGAGUGGUGAGGAUAGAUCCUCCAAGGCCUGAGUUCAACUACGUUCCGAGUGGCGAAGUACCAAGGAAAGGAAGCACGCCUGCUGCUCACCGACUAGCUGGAGUUGAUAAGCUCCACGGGGAAGGAAUCACUGGCAAGGGUGUCAAAGUAGCAGUCCAUUCCUUCUCCAUUGGAUCAGAACUGAUAUCAAGACCAGGAACGAACGAGAUGAAGCCCGACGACGACCCCAUGGACGAAUGUAACGGCCAUGGAUCGCACGUUGCGGGAAUCAUUGCCGCGAGUGGGGAGAACAACUGGAAUGUAACCGGUGUAGCGCCUGAUGCUACUCUGUACGCCUAUCGAGUAUUUGGAUGCCUUGGUUUCGUGACGGACACACUCAUCAUUCAGGCAAUGUUGAGGGCAGUCAAGGAUGGUGUCGAUGUCAUCAACAUUUCCAUUGGAGGAAGAGAUGGCUGGACGAGAGCCACUGGUAGCGUGGUCGCUAGCAGGAUUGCUGCCACCGGUAAAGUCGUGGUUAUCUCGGCUGGAAACGAGGGAAUGAGCGGAGCAUUUUAUACCUCUGGUCCCGCAAACGGAAUCGACGUUAUCUCAGUUGGAAGCGUAGAAAACACCAUACUGCCUUUACAAACAGUGAACGUGGUCGGGGCAGAACAUGACCCCAUUCCCUACUUCUCGUGGCUUCCAUUCAAUGUCACAGAGGACCUCCCUCUCUAUGCUACAUCCAACGACACCACCGUCGAGGAUGAUGCCUGCGAGGAGCUUCCAGAGGACACGCCAUUGCUUGACAAGUACCUAGUCCUUGUUCGACGAGGAUCAUGUCCAUUCACGCAAAAGAUCGAGAACUUGCGAAAGAAGAACGCGACGCAAGCACUCUUCUACGAUAAUGGAUCGAAUUUCCUUGGUAUUGUGGUCGGGAACUUCACUGGAGCACUAAUUAAAGCUGAAGAUGGCGAAUGGCUGGUCGAGCAAUUCCUUUCGGGAGCAGAUGUCAAAUUAAACUUCCCUCAAACUGGAGGGGAGAUCGACCACCCGGCAGUUGGAGGCGGUUUGAUGUCCAACUUCUCCAGUUACGGGCCAACCAACGACUUCUACUUCAAGCCCGCCUUGGCGGCACCAGGAGGAAACAUCCUUUCCACCGUUCCCUUGAAUAUGAGCGCCUUUGCAGUCGUGUCCGGAACAUCCAUGUCUGCUCCGUUCGUGGCCGGAAGCGCCGCUCUUAUACUCUCCGUACGCGGCGUCACACCUGAAGUUGGCCGAGCAACACGAAACCUACUCGAAACGACGGCAUCAUAUGUUCCUUCAAGCGACGCCGAGGACGCGCUUCUUCAAACUGCCAUCCAACAAGGUGCAGGCUUGGUGAAUGUCCACAAGGCGGUUCACACGACGACUUUGGUCUCUCCUGGCGAGCUGGUACUCAACGACACAGCCAACUUUAAACCAGUUCACAAGGUUUUGCUGAAUAACACUGGCGACACCGAAAGAACAUAUUCUGUCAAGCACGUACCCGCUGGUACGGCUCUGACAAUUCUCCAGGGCGUCCCAUUCCAAUCGAACGGACCUGUCCCCCUAGUACCAGAAGCGGCGUCUGUCGAAGCCUCACCCAGCACCUUUACGCUCGCUCCCGGAGAAGGCAUCGAAGUCACCCUCACCUUCACCCAACCCGAGGGCCUCGACCUCAAGCGCUUCCCCAUCUACUCGGGUUUCGUCGAAUUCGAAGAUGACACCGAGGAAACCACCCACGUUUCCUAUAUCGGCUCAGCGGUCGCUUUGAAGGACGUCCAAGUGGUCGAUAAUACCCCGCUUUACUUUGGCGAGAAGAUGCCCAUGCUGACGAACUCGAGUGGGAUGGUACAGCACGAGCCGACGAAUUAUACUUUUGUGGGCAAUGACACCACGACCAUUUAUUGGAGGCAGCUCUUUGGAACCCGACUCUUCCUCCUCGACGUAGUGGAUGCCAACAUCUCCCUCCGCACGACUCUCAAUAGACGUCAGGCGGCUUCCUCAGACGAUGCGCAUAUCUUCACAUUCCCUUCCGAGGACCAAUCCAACGUUUUCACCGAAGUCAAAGUGACUGGCAAUUUGGUCACUCUGGAUUACUUGCCUCGCAACAAUGAUAAUCCAUACGACUAUGGCUACAACGCCCUUGCAUGGGUCCAGCCGAAAUUCGCGAACGGAACGAGGGUUCCUCCAGGAGACUACCGUCUUCUCCUUCGAGCUCUUAAGGUUACGGGCGAUCCCUCCAAGGACGAGGACUACGAGAGUUGGCUGAGUCCCGUCGUAGGUGUUUAUCCUACGGAACAGGAGGAGCCUGAGGAACCCGAGACACCUGAACCUGAAGAUCCAGAGGACCCAGAGAACCCAGAGGACCCGGAAACUCCUGAACCUGAAGAGCCCGAAGAACCGGGAGCUCCUGAACCUGAGGACCCGGAGGCACCUGAGGCUCCCGAAGAGCCCGAAGAUCCUGAGACGCCUGAGGAACCCUUGCCUCAACCGGCGUUGGUGUCAAGGAGUAUUGAUCUCAACUUUGUCCCAACAUGA